AUGGCCGCGCAGGAGGUGAGCGCCGACCUCGUGACGUUCAACGCCGCGGUGAGCGCCUGUGGCAAAGGCUCGAUGUGGCAGCACGCGCUGGGCCUGGCAGCGCUAGCGAGGGCCCGAGGCAUCGAGGCGGACACCAUCACCUACAACGCCAUCGCCGAUGCCCUUCGCCGCGGGGGGCAGUGGAGCAUAGCCGCCCGCCUGCUGGAGGAGAUGCGAAUGGCGGGCGUCGAGGCGGACGCGGUCACCCUCGCGGCGCUGCUCGGCGCGCUCCCCCCGGACGGCGACCGCGCCGACGGGGCGCUGGGCCUGCUGCGCGAGGCACAGCGCCGGGAGGUCGUGUUGGACGUCGUGGCGUAUAGCGCCGCCAUGGCGGCGUGCACAGAGGCGGCCAGGUGGGAACUGGCCCUGGGCCUGUUGCUAGAGAUGCAGCGUGGCAAGUCGUUGCCAGACAUGGUCGCGCGGGGCACCGCACUGAGCGCGUGCGCGGAGGGCAGCCGCUGGGACCUCGCGCUGUGCAUGCUGGGCGGCAUGCGCCUCGCGCAGCAGACGCCGAACGUCGUCGCGUACGGGGCAACGUUGGCGGCCCUGGAGGCCAGGGCUUCGGGCGUUUUCGGCCGUUUUCGGCCGUUUUCCGUUGGCCCCAGCACGCCCUCCGGCAUCGGGUUUUUUCCGGCAGUUGCGCCUCGCCGAGAGCGUUCAGGGGUUGCCCAGAUCUUCCCGAACGGCGACGGCGGCACGAGGUAUGGCCCGAAAGCCACCGUCCUAGACAUACGGCGGUUCGUAUGA